GCAAAGCGUUUGGCGUGGUGAGCAUACGUAUAAACGAGUAGUCACGGACAGCGUUUUGGCAAGCAAUCAAGCGAGCAAGCAACCGACGUACUAGCUGUGAGGCAGGCAAACGCGCAAGUUCGUUGCUUAAGUCUUUCGUUCGUUUUCACUUUUCGCUUAACGGUGGUGUGUAGCUAGUGCCGGCAAUCAUUUGUGUACAUACAUACAUACAUACCUGUUAUAUGCUUGUACAUAUGUAUUCUAACGUUUUGCGAGUGUCGAAGCAGCAAACAGUUAAAGAUGUGCUGAUGAUACAUUCUUGUUAACACAACAAGACAAACCAGUGAGAUGUUUACGAUAUUAGCAUAAAUAAACUGUUGCCUUUGCGUAACGAAUGUGAUAUCCGUGAAGCAGUAACGAUUAUGCAUGGGUGUGUGUGUGUGUGCAAAUUCCAAUAACAGAGUAAUAAUGAUUUUACUAUCGCUGGCAUUAGGCACUAGCAGCGACAAAAACAAAAGCAAUAAAAAAUUAAUUGAAGAAAAAUAGUAAUUAAUGUAUUAAAAGCAACAAACAAAAACAAAAAAACGACAUAUUUUUGCUGGCUUGCGCCAUACUUGUACAUUUGUACAUUUAUUGCAAGGUACUCUGGUUAAACACAAAUCUACAACUGCAGUUGCCAACAAAUCCCAGAGUUUUGGCGCCACGCGCGGUACAGCUGCUGUACUUUCCUGUCAACAAUCAGCGCUCGGAAGCGUUUGGAAUGUGCUCACUCAACACGAGCGGGCAACUACAUAAAUACGAAUAAAUAUAACAAAAGCAACAACAACAAUAACGAAGAUAUCACAACGACACAUUGCAGCAACCGUGACGUACGACAACGAAAGUGAAAGGCAUUUGGUGAAAAGCAGCAGCAGCAGCAGCAGCAGCAGCUACAACACAAGAGGAAAAACAACACAAAUAGCAUACAAAACUUUUGGAAUGAUCAAAUAAUGGAGCGUUUUAUAAAAGCCAAUUUAUUUAUGAUUUGCUGUGUGGCGGCUGGUUUGCUAUUGAUUGUCUACUUGGGUGCCUUCUCCUGCGAAGUGUCCUGGAUACUGGAAGCGCACGGCAACUUGCCCAUCUCAUCCUACAUACUAUGCACGCAAUUUUUUAUAGUUUUUGUGGCAACAACAAUACUCAUACAUGGACUGGUCACCGGCUUACCAUGGGGUCUGUUCGCGUGGUCAGUGAUCAUAGGUCUACUUUCAAUACCGGAACUGAUAUUAGUUAUGAUUAUGACAACACAGCAUUGGGGCUUACAAUCGGUGCAUGGCCUUACUGAGUUGAUUUCAUACCUUGUACGACUGGUGAUAAAUUGCUUUGCGUUGAUUUGUGUGAUACCAACUGGUAUAAGGUGGCGCCGCGAGUCACAGGUGCUGACACAGCUGCAGGGUUUGGCCACACGCCUCCAAUUGCAGACACCGCCGCCAAGUGUGCCAAUAGUCAAGACCGAUUCGCGUCGUUCCAGUAAACGACGACAGAGCGGCGGCGCUUUCGAGAAUGCCGGCUAUGAGGUGAGCGAACCAACAACGAAGAUCAAUAUGUGCAGCCCGCAAGCGCAAGGCCUAAAUGCUGUGUACAACAACAAUCCGCUAUUUGGCUCUCAAAAUGAAUUCAAUGCUGCAACAUUCACACCACAAUACAUGCAACAGUUCAGUGGCCAUGGCGGUUAUGGAAACGGCGGUGUGCAAAUGCGCAACGGCCAUCGCGCGCAAUCAUUGAUGGAUUUGCGUUGCACACUUCCCGGCAUGUAUAAUCCACGCUACGUGCUCGAUACGGAGGACAAGAAUGGCAAAUACUUCAAUAUAACCAUCGACGAUCUGAAGCACAGCAUACAGGAUUCGAACAAACAUCAUCCGCCACCUUCGUUAAUAGGUUCGGUUAAUGAUCCAAUUUACUGCUCAAUCGAGCCAAAGCAACCAACACCGCCACAACAGCGGCACCGCUCACCGGAGAAGUUACCGCAAGCGACAACAACAACAAAGUUGACGCGCAAUUGCAUAUCGCUGGAGAAUUUGGAUGGCAUUGCGAAGGUGCAAAGCGAAUUGGCUGCGUAUGGGAAUAAUCUGUUGCAGAACUAUUCACAGCAACAGCAGUACUACUUGGCCAUGUUGAGCGGCUAUUUGAAUCCGGUGCACGGCAGCGGCAUCUAUCGACGGCCGUCGAGUGGUUCGGUUGUGGGUCCAUUUACGGGCACCGGGUUGGCGCAGCCACUGCCGCGCAGAAACUCUCAACAUUUGCAAUACUAUGGCGGCUUCGAUUAUGCGAACUACACGAAUCCCUACAUAACGGCGAACAGCAAAUUGUCGCUGGGCAAUGAUUCCGACGAUUAUCGCAAGUAUCGCGACGUGGCGCUGUAGAUGCAAAAAGUCGGGUGCAUAGAAAAUAGUUAUUAGGUUAUGUCGUCUUAAGGUGCUAGAGCAACAGUCAAUAAUGACUUUAGGUUAGGAAUUUAGAUUAAUUUUGAUGCGAAUAUUUUUAGGAAAUUGUUAUAGAAAUAAUAUAUGAAUAAGUACUGAUCGAGAUAAAUUGAAAUGCAAUUAAUUAUUUUAAAUGAAAUUUCAAAUAGAACUAAAAAAAUACACUAAAAUAAAAUAAUAG